CCCAGCGCCGUGGGGUGACAGCUCGCAGGAGGUGUUGCUUUCCGACGGGGAGCCACCCCCUUGCUGAAUCAUCCCGGAGCCAUGGCCGGACGGCUCGGCCGCCGCUCGGGGAACGCGAUGUUCCCCUCUCGAGCAUGAGGUGGUGGCGAGGCGAGGCGCAAAGGAGAGACCUGUUUGCAUUCGGCUCAGGCGCGGCGCACGCUUGCAGGGAGAAACCUUUCCCUUUCAUGGCAGCCGGAGCUGCGGGUGCAGUUGGGAGCUCACGGACGAGACGUGCGCUGCUGUAAGGAACAUCCCCUGCCUUUGAGGUUGCUGAAAAGUGCCUUUCCUGAAGCCGCCGCUGCUUGGAUCGCUGCCUCGGGCUGCCGCCCUCUGCCCCGCGCCCCCCGCUCUGUGUAACCGGCGUCGCUUGCGCUGCGUGCCCCGACGGCAGCGCCUCCAGCCUCCCCGCGGGUUUCGGUUCUGCUCCACAUUCACACGCGGCUCGCUCGGCCAUUUUAAUUCGGUUCUAGUUUGCUCCUGCCCCCGAGUAUGUAGCAAAUAUCGAAAAGAAAGAGGAAAAAAAAAACCAACCCCAAAACGAAAGAAAUCAGACGUCCUUUUGCUCGUUUUGAUGCUCGCGAACCGUGAUUUUUAGAAGCAAGAAAUAGAAGGAAAAAAUACCCCCAGAAAACGAAGUUUUCUCCCCAAGGACCGAGACCAUUCCACAAACUGAAGUGCUGCCAACAGCAUAUGCUUUUUGCAAGAAUAAUUGAAACCAUUAACUGGAGAGCACAGAAUCCUUUUGAAAGUCUGCCAGUUCUUUGCAAGUAACUCCGGCAGUGGCACAAAAUCUAACACUUGUAUUUUAACUUCUACAAUUGCACUUUUAGGAGCUGGCCUCUCAUUUGAUUUUCAGUUGUUCUGAUAAGAUUUCUAUUUUAUGAUUGGCUUUAUGUUUAAUUCUUGUUUCGAGAAACACGAUUUGACUUAAAUGAAAACCUAAGUGCUGAUGAAUAGGAGUUCUACCAAAGCAACAAGUUAGUUAUUUCUUCGCGUUUAACUUGAAUUCACUUUUUUACCCUUUUUUUAAACAAACAAGAAGAAACUCAAGCGGCUCAGCAGUACCUGGUGCCCCCGAGGAAGGGUGCCCUCGCUUGCUUGGUCACUUUUGGUUUUUACUAUGGCUGUAAACGUUUCCCUGGUGCGGGAUACGAAGUGGCUGACGUUAGAAGUGUGUCGGGAGUUUCAGAGAGGAACUUGUUCUCGGUCUGAUGCAGAGUGCAAGUUCGCCCAUCCCUCACGGAGUUGCCAUGUGGAAAACGGUCGAGUUAUUGCCUGCUUUGACUCCCUAAAGGGCCGGUGUACCCGAGAGAACUGCAAAUAUCUUCAUCCUCCCCCCCACUUGAAAACACAGCUCGAGAUAAACGGCCGCAACAACCUGAUCCAGCAGAAGACAGCCGCAGCCAUGUUCGCUCAGCAGAUGCAGUUCAUGCUUCCAGGUGCCCAGCUACAGCCCAUUACAACGUUUCCUGUGACUCCAUCGCUUGCAACAAGCCCCACGAUGGCUUUUAGUCCUUACCUGAGUCAUGUUUCUCCUGGGAUGGGAUUGGUUCCUGCAGAGCUGUUACCAAAUACUCCUGUCCUGGUUUCUGGAAAUCCUACUGUUACAGUACCAGGAGGCUCUGCUGGGCAGAAACUGAUGCGUACGGAUAAACUGGAGGUGUGUCGGGAGUUCCAGCGUGGGAAUUGCACGCGUGGUGAGAACGAUUGCCGCUACGCUCACCCCAUAGAUAUCGCAAUGAUAGACACAAAUGAAAACACUGUCACAGUCUGCAUGGAUUACAUCAAAGGUCGAUGCUCUAGGGAGAAAUGCAAGUACUUUCAUCCCCCUGCACACCUGCAAGCCAAAAUCAAGGCAGCUCAACACCAGGUGAACCAGACAGCUGCAGCUGCAAUGGCCCUGCCGCCUGGUGCACUUCAACCUUUACCAAAGAGGCCAGCACUUGAAAAAAACAAUGGUGCCACCACAGUCUUUAACCCAAGCGUUUUCCACUACCAACAGGCUCUAGCCAACAUGCAGUUGCAACAGCCUGCAUUCAUCCCUACAGGGUCAGUUCUGUGCAUGACACCCACUGCAAGCGUUGUGCCCAUGAUGCACGGUGCUACGCCCACCACUGUGUCUGCAGCAACAACUCCUGCCACCAGCGUCCCCUUCGCUGCAACAGCUACCGCCAAUCAGAUAUCCCAGUUAUCAGUAGAUGAACUGAGUAGCAGCAUGUUUGUUUCACAGAUGUAGAAGUUCCCGAUAGAACACAGAUCAUGUUGAAAUUCUGAACAGUAAAAUUAUGGAGCACCAGGACUUCUUGGUGGGAAGCUGCGCAUGGCCUUUCUGUAUAUAUCCCCUCUUCCCUCUCUCGUUCUCUACCACCUCUACAGUAAGCCUGUUGCAGCCUACAUGUUAACCAAAAACUGAGCAAUGGGAAUGUCAAAAAAAAAAUGAAAAGACAAAAAAAAAAAAAAAAAGCACUAUAGAAACACUUAACAAACAGCGCUCUGAUAUACGAGAUAUACCAGUAGGAAAUUAUAAUAGACUUUUGUAACACAUAACUUUAACACACUUAAUCAUUUUCUGACUACCAUCCUGAGAAGUGCAGCUGCACAGCGGACUGUUGGUUUACUGUAUACUAUCGAUGGAUAAAUGUUUGUCUUGUUUUUAAAGUGUUAUCUUCCUGUUUUGUUUACAUCAUAGUCUAUUGAUUUGUUUGGAAGUGUACAUCAUUAUCAAGUAUACUCAGUACCAACUUUUCAUUAUUGUUAUGUCUUAAGUUUUCAUAUUCUGUAGGUUUUAUGGGGUUUUGUUUGGUUGGUUGUUUUUUUUUUUUUUACUAAAAAUGUUAUUGUGGGAAACAGGAAUUACGUGCUGGAAAAACACGACACAGGAAUGUUCUGCCCUUUGCUGGAGUUUGCUGUUAGCGUCAGCUACAGAUGCUCAUGUUAAAUGCUCCUUCUAAGCAUUUAAAAUUUGCCUUCAGAUAGAGUGUCCAAACUUGUAGUACAAGGGAUGCAAAAGGACAGUUGUCAUUUUAGUGCAGCUCAGGGUAUUUCUUUCAGUACAGUGAGCUGAUUCUAGAAACCUUUUGGGGAAACCCACGUGUAAAAUCCCAGGUUCGGGAACGAUUGGCUCAGCCGGUGGUAAGCAUCAAGGGAUUUCUGCAGUUCUGUUGUCCAUGGAAGUGCAUUCUCAGCUGCAAACUGCGCACAAUCUCUCACGGUGCAGUCAAAACAAAAGCGAAAGGUGUGAGGUGAGACAGCUUCAGUUGGGCAAGGACUCGUUGUGUUGGGGAGGAGCUGGAGUGGGCCAUAGCCAUGACUUAGCCCGAGCUGGGUGAUGCCGUGCCCAGUGGCUUGUCUUCACUGAGCAUGCUGAAACAUCUCAGCCUGAAAACUGAGGUGGCUCUCCUUGAAAUGCUGUCAGCGUGCACCAGUUCUUUCAUCUCCAUUUUCCGUAAGUGGGUGAUUUUUUUUUUCCCCUGUGAUCUCUGGCCCUCUAAAGCAAACACAGCAGUGACAAGGCAGGAAAAAGCUCAGCAUAAGCUUCCUACCGUCGAUAAAUAUUCAUCUUAAUGGAGCUCCUGUAGGUCAGUGGAUUUAUUUUGGCACCUUCUACUUGAUCAAGAGCAAUGUUUGCCUCACAACAAGGGCUAGUUCUCAAUACCUCCUUUUCUGACACAUGAAUAAACUGAUUUCCAGCCCGUGCACCCUGGACAGCCCAGCCUGUUACGCUGUAUUGCUGAACAAUCUGGCUGCAGAAUGCAUUUUGGCUGAGGAUACAACCAAAUUCAUCCCUGUCAUAGCUCUACCGUAUCAUUGGCAUUAUGGAAGAGAUGGGUUUGCUGCUGUAAAUCCACAAACUCCCUAGGAGGAGAAAGAAAAUGGUGAUUGAAACCAAGCAAGAGGCCAGCUCCCGGCCUCUGGGGGGCUGGCCAGCCCAGGCUCGUGGUGGUCCUGUGGGGUGCCAAAUUCUGUCAAACAGGUUCUCUUUUCUUUUCCAAGCUCCUUGGCCUUGGUUAGAGACUUUCCUUGCCCCCUCUUAUCCAGUGUGAGCACAGAUAGUUUGCUAGAUGUGUGUCUCCGUGGAUUGCAAGUGAUGGAGGGGCAUGUAGGGCACAGCCAGUGUGACCCAGAGCAGGCCCUGACCAUCUGCCCAUGGAAAGCCAUUCAUAGCAAGAACUUUGAAGAGCCCAGCUCGAAAAGGCCUUCAGCAGGCUUUGAAGCAAACCCUAAGAGAGGGGAAAAAACUAUCCAUCCCCACCCCAAGAUCUCCUUUAUGAACCCCACAUCUGGACAGUCACUUGUCCGUAGCAGUUCCCCUGCCAUCAGCAUCCCCAGGCAGCAGCGUUGUCUGAAAUCAGUGACUCCCCUUUGUGUUGGCGACCACAUCCCUGUUCUUUUCACCACUGAGUUUCUGUUUCCCAACAACCAUAACAUUGUUAGUGGAAAAAGUGGAUUUGAGUACUUCCUGUUUGAAAUUAUUUGUGUAUCAAACAAAUGGGUUUUGCACAACCUGUGCCAGUGCCUCAACAAAGAACAGAACUGAUCUUCUUAAGCCAGAAAGGAUGCAUUCAAGCUUGUAUGGCUUUAUGAGUUCAAGGAGGUUGGAAUUUUUUCAGUGCUAAAAGGAUUUUUGUAUAUCUUGACACUUUGAUGUAACCUCCUCUUUUAUUUAUCGACUUCAACAUCUGGCAUAGAUGUGCAUAGAAUGUAAACCUAGAAUACAGCUGUUUCCCUGUCACAUUUAAAGCACUGAAAAAAAGAGAAGAAGAAGAAGAGAAAGAAAAGUGUUUAAGGAUUAUUUUUUAUUAAAGAGGUCCAAUGAGGGAUGUUCAGGGUAGUUAUUAGGUGCCACAACAGUUUUUAUAUUGCUGGCAAAUUUAGAGUUAAUUUGUAAAUGAGUUUAAGGAAAGAAAAGCUUGAAGCACUAAACUUCACCAAAUUCAAAACAAUCUCGGCAACGAUGCCGCUUUGAGGUAGCACUAUUUAAACUAGUUGUGCAAUGAACUUGCUCUAAUUUUCUUUGUUCAAGAAAGAAAAGAAAAAAACCAGUCGCCAGACUAUAAAUUUCCUAAAUAGACUAUUACAAAGUCACCGAGCUAGUUAGUGACUCUAAACAAAUGUCAUAAAAGCAUGAAUAUCAUCCUUUAUUUGACGAGAGAUGUAUGUAAGUUUGUUUAAAUCGAUAUAAUUUUAGUGACAUUUUUAUAAGCUUCCCACUUUCCAUGAACCUAUAUUUUUUAUUUAUCCAAAGUGAUUUCUCUUUGUCCAUUUCUCUCAGCCUUAUGCAAACAAUAUGCAAGAAAUGCUGAAACUUGGAUAAAACGGGUCAUGCAGAGGGAAAAUGAAAGCUGAGAUGGAUCAUUUUCACGGGAAAAGGUUGUUAGUAGUUUCAAUACAAAGUACUACUACUAAACUGUAACAUAAGCAGACAAUAAAAGAGGGAUUUAAAAUAAAAUGGAUUCAUAAAACUA